AUGAGCAUUAAAAAACCUGAGAAGCAAUACGAAUUAAGUCCUUUUCCAAAAGAUAUAAUUGGAUUAAUCGCAGCUAGUUGUGUUCAAAAAUUACAAGGUGCUUAUACUUUAGAAUUACAAUAAAUAUAAAACAGAUCUCUAUAGGAGGAAUUAAUUUAUAGGUAUUUUAAAGGGAGAUCUCCUCCUUAUGAAUUAAGUGAGGCUGAUAGGGAUGAAUUAGAAAAGUUUGAUGGAAAUGAAUAUCAUUUAUGUGAAUAUAGGGGAGAGUAGUUCUUAAAGAAAUAUUUUCAUCAUGAAGUGUUAAAGUUCAAUGAGUGUAUUGAAAUUUGUGAUAUUGGGACUGCUUAAAAUUAUAAGGGCGUGAAAAUUCUCAAAACUUCUAUCUGCAGAAGGAAAUGUGAAGAUAAAAUGGAUAUUACAUUAAAGGAAUACAUGAGAGAUGGGAAAUUCCCAAAGAUGGAAGAAAUCAUGAAAAUUGAAAUCAAAAUUAACAUAUUUUAAUUUGUGAGUAAUGAAGUUGAUAAAUUUUCGUGGAUGGCAUCUUUAAUCUAUGAACAAUUAGUAGCAGCAUAUACAAAUAAGGAUAAUUAAGUCAGAAAUCAAGCAGAGAAAUCUUUAGUCAAUUCAUUGUAGGAAAACUAUUAGAAUUUUUAAUUUAUUGCUUAAUUAGCAGAAAAACAAGACAAAAUGUAGGAAUAAGCUGCCAAUAUGUUGAAUUCAGUCGUAAUGAAAAUGCUAAAUACUAAUCCUAAUUAAUUAACAAUCCAGCAUGCUGAAUCAUUGAUUUCUGUGCUAACCUCUUAAAACACUCCCUUAAAAUACAAAUAAUCUCUCAUUUAAUCUUUAAGUUAAAUUUCUAGAAGAAAUAAAAAUGUAAAGACUGAAAUUGAAAGGAAGAUGAAAGAAUUCUUGUAGGGGGAAUAGUAAUGGUAAAAAUAGUCUGGAAUAUUGUUCUUUAAGAUUUUGACAGACUCUGUUGAACUUUAGAAUUUCUCAAAUUACGCUAAUGCAAUUACAACUAAUUAUGAUUGGAUUACCGAGUAUUUUAAUUAAUGUGUCUAAAUUAUUACGGUGUUGUAAGAAUAGCCAAAAGAAUUAUCGGAUGAUUUUAUAAACACUAUGAAAUACUUUGCAUAAUCAAUCUAGGAUUUAUGUGACAAAAUAUAAUAAUAAUCAAAUAUCUCAAGAGAAUAAAUACUACCAAUUUUAAAUAUUUUAUUCUCAUUAAAUUCAUUUUCUGGUUCAUUAAUUUUAUUACUUUAAUAUUCACCCUCAAUAGGAAAAUAAAUGCAAAAUUCCAUCAUAAUCAAUACUGGUAUCUAGAUUUUUGAUGACAAAAUGAAUGAAAUUAAAAGUUAUAUUCUGAAGUCUUAUAUGAUAAUCUUUCAAAUUUUGCUCAAUACUCGUAAUAAAUCCGAAGUCAAAAAAGGACCAUUUGGUCCCUACAUUAAUCCAAUUACUCAACUCUUACUCUAUUCCAUCCUUACUUAUACAAAUAGUGAAUCAACAAAUGCGAUUCUGAAUAAGCCAUUCCUAAGAAAUAUAAUAACAUACAUGCUUAAAUUAUUAGCAAAUCUUGGAGCAUAAACAGAAUAGUAUCAAAUAUUCUCUGAUUCAAAAGUGCCCUUGAUAACAGAUGUCAUCUAUCCUUAUUUGAUAACAUCCUAAUAAGAGUAUUUAAAAAUGAAAGAAGAACCAGAAGAGUUUGUAAAUCUGGCACUUGAUACAGUUGAUAAAUAAGAGUCUGACAUUCCUAAAACUGCUGCAGCAUAAUUAUUAGAAACUUUAUGUGACCAUAUAGAUGGAUCUACAACAUUCUUGGCUAACUUAGCUGUUAUUAUUUCAUAAAAUGCAAUUAAUAGUUUAUCAGCUAAACCUGUUCCACUUAAUGAAUAAUAAUAAACAUUCAUCUAAGCCAUAUCUGAAAAGAAAUUAUUCACUGAAUACAAUGCUGUUGACAGAAUUGAAAGUAGUUUAAUUGUAUUAACAAUAAUGAGUUAUUUGAUUUAAAAGAGAUAGGAUAUUGUAGGUAUGAUGGAAUAACUACUAACUGAUAAUUUAGCAUUUUUCUAAAAUAUUCAACACUAAAUAAUAAAAGUGAGGUUUUCUCUAUUUUUUGGUUACUAUUGUGAUAAUCUAUUCAAAAAAGAUAUUUAAUCCUAGAGUAUGUUAAUGUAUUUAUCUAUUUUAAUUAACUUUGUUCAACCAUAAGAACCAGUAGUCUUGUAUUAAUCAAUAGAUGCAUUAAAGGAUGUCUUUGAAGAUGAUGAAUUGAAAGGAAAAACAAAAGGAUUAGUUGCAGUUGUCUUUCCAUCAUUAUGCAAUGGCUUAACGUUUAGUAUCUACGAGAGACACUUUGAAAUGAUCAUAAAUCUACUAAAGAAGUACUCACAAGUAUUUCAACAAAAUGAAAAUCUAUUAAUUGGACUUAUGUAAAUUUUGGUCUAAAGAAUAAUUAACGAAUAAGAUCUUAUCAACAAAGGAGAUUCCCAAAGACACAUUUAUUUGAACAGGUGUUGGAAUAUUAUAAGAUCAUUGGCAGAUUAGAAUGAAUAUACAAAAUUAUUAAUAACUCUUGAAUAAAGCAUCACUCAAUUAUACUAAAUGUUAGCAACAUGCUAAAAAAUAGAUUUUGAUGAAGAUCUGAUUUUGUUCAUCUCCUUAUGCAUCUAAAAAUUGUCAUCAGUCACUCCCUUGUAGAUGUAAGUGUUGCCCCUAUUUAUGAAUGUUAUUCAGAAAUAAAACUGUAGAUUAGGGAAUCUGUAUGAAACACUUAAUUAUUACAUUCAUUUUGGCAGAAAUCAUUUUGUAGAUGAACAAUACUAGUAAAUAUUUUUCAACUUAGCAUUCUAACAUCUACAAUCAGAUCAAUCCUUUGAGGACAUAGAGUAAGCUGAAGGAGCAUUGCUUAUUUAAUUAGGAAUAUAAGAACUCAAUACAGAUUUAAAGAAGCCUAUUUUGGAAUCAAUUCUAAAAUAAACACUUACUAUUAUUUCUAAAAAGGAACUCACUGGUUUAUUAAGAUCAAGAAUAACUGGAAUUAUAUUGAGUGCACUAUAUGCUGUCCCAGAAUUAACUUGUGAAUUAUUGUCAGGAAUGUUUUCAGCUGUAUAUAAUUAAGUUCUUGACACUCAAUAUUCUCCAGGUUAUGACAUCAAAUUGUUUGUGAUUACAAUGUCAACUUUAAUUAAUAAGUAACCAAAUCUAUUAACUUCGAAAUUAAUUACAACAAUUGUCAAUAAUUUAUUCUAAUAAGACAAGUUUGAAAAGGAGAAUGAAUUAAAGAAAUUGAACAAUUCUUUUGAUGGCGAAGAUUUUGAUGAAGAAGACGAUGAUGAAGACGAUUUCAAUGAUCAGGAUGACAUCAGCGAAGCAUAAUAAUAAAUUGAAUAGUUCUUAAGUUCAAUAGUAAAAGAGGAUGAGUACUCAAUAUUUAAAAAUACUCUAUUUACAAUCAAAUAACAUUAUGCCAUGGGUAUUGAGCAACUCAAAAAAGAACUAGAUAAUUAAAUUGUUGUUAAACUUAAUGACUUGAUGUCUUUUAUGAGAAUAAAUACUAAUGAUGGUAUUCAACCUACAAGAAAACUCAUUAAAGCACAAAGAAGAAAGAAGAAUAAUUGA